AUGAAGCACGAGGGCUGGCAUUGGCAACGAGGGACUGAACAGAGCUUGUUCUCGAUAUCAAACUGCGAGCCGAGCAAGAAGCUCCACUCGAACAACCAGCUCGACUUCAACAACCAGCUCAAUUCCAGCAAUCAGCUCAGCUCAACUCCAGUAACCAGCUCAGCUCGAUUAACCAGCUCAGCUCGACUCCAGCUCAGCUCGACUCCAGCAUCCCGCUCAUCCAGACUUCAGCAACCAGCUCAACCCAGCUCAACCCUGUUCGGGCACUAUUCGGGUAGGAAGCUCAACCCUAGCAACCAGCCCGACUCCAGCAACGGGCUCAAAUCCAGCAACCAGCUCGACUCCAGCAACAGGCUCAAAUCCAGCAACCAGCUCGACUCCAGCAACGGGCUCAAAUCCAGCGGCCAGCUCAGCUCGAUUCCAGCAACCAGCUCAACCCAGCCCAACCCCCAGGUUGAGCAGGCAGCUCGGCCUAGCUCUAGCAACCAGCUUGGCUCCAGCAACGACCUCAAAUCUAGCAACGACCUCAGAUCCAGCAACGACCUCAGAUCCAGCAACGACCUCAGAUCCAGCAACGACCUCAAAUCCAGCAACGACCUCAAAUCCAGCAAAGACCUCAAAUCCAGCAACUACCCCACAUCCAGCAAACAGCUCAACCCGCUCGAAUAA